UAUAAGAGGUGCGAAUUUUCUUCCUACAUUCAAACAAUGAGUAGUUGAACGCGAAAUUUAUCUUGUUUAGGAAUUUAAAUAAAAACAUUUAACAUCAUUAUAUAGUUUAUUGAGGAUGACAUUUUUUUAUUUAAGAAUGAUAUAUAUUUAUUUUAUCUGGCUCUUCAUCCUGAAUGUACAGCCAAAUAGCUGUAGGGUUCUCAACCUUAACCAUAUUAAUUUUGAAAGUGAACCCAAUGUAGCUCAGGGAAGUUUCAAUGAGGGAGGAAUAUAUAGAUUGAUGGCAAUUGAUGAUGACGUGAGUAUUAAAUUCGGAGGACGCCUUGUUUUCCGUAAACGGAAACAAGGGAAAACAGAGAAAAGCUAUCUUCAAUACUUUAAAAGAGGGUCAACAGUUUUCAUACAAAUUGCUAGACGGAUAAUCACUGAUGACCGCAUUUUUACGACAAAUUACACUCUGAGAGAACUAAAGCCGCAACUAGUACCCUUUAAGAUGAUUAAGGACUUCUUAAAGGGCCCGUUAUUAUUAACGUUAGAUUUGAAGAAUGCAGAUAUUAAUCCAUUGAUCGCCGAAUGUGAUUCCUUUUUACCAGAAGGGAGAGCCUGGGCCUUAUUGACAUAUCCUUAUAAGGGUCGAAAAGCAUGUAUUCCAAAACAUAUUCUCAGGGCUCAAGGGCUAACAUACAUCUCUCCUGUACUUCACAUUGAUCUACUUGAGAAUGAUGAGAAUUACAUUAGUUCUGUCAGCUCCCAUAGUGAUCGAAUAGAUAUUUCAAAAGAUGAGAACAGCAUCGUUCUAUUCAUCGGUGCGCCUAAUGUGAGUAAAGAACGUGUUUUGCACAUACCAGUUGUUGAAGGUGGAUAUUUCAAGCCGAAAAACAUAUUUGGACUUAAUGCCAAAGACUACGAAUUCCAGCUAUCCCCAGGUGUCCCUAGCAGCUCUGUUGUAUAUAUCAACGUCGGCGGUACGGAAACGUGGUAUGCAGAUGUUGUAGUUUUGGCUAACUUAAAAAGAGGAAGUUGGUAUUACACGCAACAUGCAAUAGCUAAUCUGAGACAUAGAAGUGAGUUUAGGGUGAAAGUUGUGAAUUCAACAUUCAAUUUUGAAUUAUACGAGGAACAUCCUGAGGAAUAUAUAACCCAUGUUGAUGUAUUUGACAAUCUAAUUGAUCAUAUGCAGUUCGUUGUUGUGAAUAUGCUAGUUUGUAAAUCCCAGAUGAAAAGUCUCCGGACUAUGGAUGAUUACGAAACGGUCAGAAACGUAUAUUCACGUGAUGUACAAAAUAAUCCGUCCAUCUAUACCCAUCAUUCCACUCCCCAGUGCGAUUGUCUAAUAGAUAAGUUGUACAACAUCAAUGUUGAUGAACCUAUUCUUGACAUUGUUCUAACUGGGCCUAACACGUUGCUAGGAUGCCAAAUUGACGAUCCUAUAGCCUAACCUUUGAAUCAAUAUGAUUAUUAGGAUUACAGUAGUUUAUUUGUCUAUAUGAAGUAAUAUAUAAAUAUAUUUUCAACCUUAUACACACGGUGCGGUUAUACUUAAUCAACUUGUGCCACAGAUUCCAAUUGCCUGGGAUGCAACUUACAUUGUUUCUAGUUAUGCUAGUUUGGCAUAUGA